GCGGGUGUGGCGUGGUGAGGGAGUUAACAAACUCGGGUGCGCUGUGUCGUCCCGAUUCACAAUCUUACAUUUUAUUCGCUUCCGCGACUCGGUUCUGUCGCGAACGCAGCGCUACCCUCUGUAAAUUUUGGGCGACUGUCAAAUUUCUCAUCUCAUCCACUGCCACCGGAUAAUUUCACUCAUCUCAAUCGAACGGAAACCCUAGUCAAUUGCAAUCUUUGGCUGAUUAAUUUCAGGCAUUGCUGCUACUGAGGUUGAAGAAAGAAUAAUAGCAGUUGAUUUUCUUUGUCAAUAGCUUUGGUAUGGCAGAUAAAUCAUGUAUCAAGCGGCUUCAGACGGAGUAUAGAGCCCUUUGUAAAGAGCCUGUUUCUCACAUUGUUGCUCGUCCUUCUCCCAGUAACAUUCUUGAGUGGCAUUAUGUUCUGGAGGGAAGUGAAGGGACACCUUUUGCGGGUGGAUAUUACCAUGGAAAGAUUAAAUUUCCUCCAGAUUAUCCAUACAAACCUCCGGGAAUCAGCAUGAUCACCCCAAAUGGUCGAUUCAUGGCACAGAAGAAAAUUUGCUUAUCUAUGAGUGACUUUCACCCAGAAAGUUGGAAUCCUAUGUGGUCUGUGUCAAGCAUACUAACCGGACUUCUUUCAUUUAUGAUGGACAACAGUCCUACGACUGGCAGUGUGAAUACUACUGCUGCUGAGAAGGAACGCUUGGCAAAGGCUUCUCUUGCAUUCAAUUGUAAAGACCCAAAAUUUAGAAAACUGUUUCCGGAGUAUGUGGAGAAAUAUAAUCAGCAGCAGCAGCAGUCGGAGCAGCUUGUUGUGGAACAUGAUUCAUCAAGGCUAUCAGAGGAAGGCGAAGCUAGGCACCUGUUGGAGAAGGUCAAGCCCACGGAAGAGAAUGUUAAGAAAGGUGAUACUGAAGACGUUAAAAGAAAUCGGAAGCAGUCGUUCCCUACAUGGGUGAUGUUGCUACUCUUCUCGAUCUUCGGCGUGUUAAUGGCACUGCCUCUCCUUCAACCGUGAAACCACAAAAUGGAAGGUCACGUAGGUGGUAAGGGUAGACAGACUAGUUUGUGCAAGUCAAAGAUGCUCAUAUUUUUGCAUGUAUUCAACAUAGUCUCUGUACAGUUGGUCGGGGUGUCUGCUGUGUUCUGUGAUGUGGGUUUCAUUUGGCUGAGUCUGUGCUAUGUUUGGAAUAGUUGCUUGAAAACCAACCCUCGUUGUUUGUUUAUAUAAUGUUUUCUUAAGUAUUAUAAGCUGA